AUGGCCUUUGUAACUGUUAGAAUGGCUAUGCUAGCAGUCAUUUUUUUGGCGGUUUUUACAAUUAUGAGCGGUAAAAAGGUGGAAGGGAGGAGAAACAUACCUGAAGAUCAAGACGAAGAUUUAGAAUUUGAAAGACAACUUAGAAUUCUAAACGAGCCUGGUAUCAAAACAAUCAAGACUGAAUAUGGAGACGUUUACAAUUGUGUGGAUAUUUACAAGCAACCUGCUUUUAAUCAUCCUUUACUCAAAGACCACAAAAUCCAGAUACCAGAGGGUUAUUGGUCAAAAAUGAAAACUGUAAACAGUAAACCUUCAAGAUUUGGACUGAAGGAAGGUUGCCCUUUAGGAACGGUACCCAUCCGAAGAAUAACAAAAGAAGAUCUAAUCAGAGCCAAAUCUGCCUUCAAAAUGACAGUUGGAAAUUUUAGUCGAAAGAGUCAAGCAAAAGGUUUUGAGUUUGCAGGGUAUCAAACCGUAAAGUCUCCAGGGAGGGCGUACCAUGGGGCUGGAGCCACUUUUAAUCUGUACAAUCCAAAAGUUCAACCUGAUGAAUUUAGUUCAUCUAUGAUUUCUAUUGAAAGUGGACCUCCGAAUGAACUCAAUUUUAUCCAAUUUGGAUGGACGGUAAACCCUCAAUUAUAUGGCGAUAGCAAGACUCGACUUUUUACCUUAUGGACGGUUUGUUCUUAUAUGUUUUCUUUUUUCUUGCAUCAUAUCCAUGUCAAUCUAUGA